CUUCAAUUGCUAGUGAAAAGCCAAUCAGUGCCCGAGUGUUUAAUAUUGCAUCAUGUGUGGUAAAUGUGGAACUGUGAUUUUUGAAAGUUAAAAAUGGCGAAAAUAUGUGUCACUCCUUUUAUGAGACAGCAAUGAAAAACCAGCCAAGUAUAGAUUAUGCCAAAUCCGCCAAAGUUUGGCAAACUGUGCGACGACAGUAUGGAGCCGGCAUUGAACUGUCAACCAGUGUGCAGGUUUCAUAACGACUAGGACAUAAGAACUGUUACGUGACCACGGGGAUGUCUCUGAACAUGGCAUCCCACGGGUUCGUGAUGGGGUAUGCAGCUGUCCUGCUCCCACAGCUACGACGGGACGGCUCUGUCAUACGCAUCGACGAAGUUUCUGGAUCUUGGAUAGCAUCCACUCCGGCAAUAUUUCAAAUCCUGGGCAACUUCAUCGUUCCAACUGUCAUGAACAUAAUGGGCAGAAGACGAGCCAACCUCAUCAGCAUUCUACUCAUGAUCAUAUGCUGGCUGAUCAUCUCCAGAGCGGGCAACUUUGCCACACUCAUAAUUUGUAGAGCUAUUCAAGGAAUUUCCUUAGGAUUCAGUGCGUCAUUAGGACCAGUCUUAAUUGGAGAAUAUACUUCCCCGAAAAAUAGAGGUUCAUUCAUAACAACCACAUCAGUUGCUAUGGCUAUAGGAGUCUUAACAAUCCAUACUCUAGGAUCUUAUUUAUCAUGGCAAAUGUCAGCAUUAAUUAUUUCUAUUAUUGCAUUUUUAAAUCUGAUCAUUGUUAUAUAUUCACCAGAAUCUCCCACCUGGUUAGCCGAAAAAGGCAAAUACAGUGAAAGUAGAAAUGUGUUUCUAUGGUUAAGAGGUAGCGGUGAAGAAGAAGAGUUAAAUAAGAUGAUUGAUGCGGCAAUCAUCAUCAAGGAUAUUAAAUCCUCCACAGUCAUACCAGAAACAGUAGGUGGCAAGAUAAAAAAGUAUUUUAGUAAUUUAAGUGCAGCUUUAACUAAAAAAGAAUUUUACAAGCCAAUUUUUAUAAUGAUAAAUGUUUACAACAUGGGAGUGUGGUCUGCUGUGGCUCUGUUGACAGCUUAUAUCAUAGACGUUAUCCACAACGUAGUUGGUUCAGACAUUAAUGUUCCACUUAUAGCAAUUAGUUUAGGCAUUCAAAGAAUAGUAUCGAAUCUAUUGGCCGUUUAUUUGUAUAAAAAAUGUAAACGAAAGACAUUAAUGUAUCUUGCUUGUGGAAUGAAUGCGGUAAUUCUUUUUGUAACUGGUGCAUAUGUCUAUGCCAAAAGUAAUAACUAUCUACCAUACGAUCAUCCAAUUAUAGGCAUAAUAUUGUUGCAUUUGCACAUGAUCUCUGGAGCGAUAGGCUCUGUACCUUUCCCAUUUAUCAUUGCCGGCGAAAUUUUCCCCACACAAUACAAAAGUCUGGCUGGAGGUAUUAGUGUUGUGAUAUUUUCAAGUACUUUCUCCGUUAUGAUAAAGACAGUACCAACAAUGAUAAAUACAUUUGGUUUUGACGGUAGUUACAUAAUAUAUGGUGUUAUGGUGACUUAUUUUUUGAUAAUAUCUGGGAUAUUUUUGCCAGAGACGAAAGAUAGGACGUUACAGGAUAUUGAAGACGAAUUUAGAGGCAAACCUUUGAGUGCGGAGGAGAUGAGAUCUGUCCAGUCGCUGACUGCUUGGAAACAACACAAAACUGCCAGGCGCUGUAGCAGUCCUCUGAUAUGACCCUUGUCAGCUUCAACCUGCAACUUUGGCUAAUUAAGCUUUCUUUGAAAAAGUAAGACAAGUUGAAAUAAUUUUUAAAAUGAUAACAACAAGAGUCCUCCCUUAAAAGCUAGGUUUUGAUAAUAUCUAUAUAAAAUCACGGAGGUAUUCCGCGAAGCGCGUCUAUUUUGAAACGCACCUUGUCUAUUCCUCGAAACGCACCUUUUAGCAACUAAAAAGUGCGCUUGGAGCCACUAUAGGAUGCACUUCGAAGAAUUUCAAAUGGGUGUGCUUCAAAGACUACGUAAGAGUACUCAAAUCAUGCUUAUGAGUUAUAGCUACUCUUUAUCUAUCCAUAAGGAAGGCAGUGCCCCAGCAGUGUGCAUAUUAAAAUAAUUGAUGAUGAUUCACACAUUCAGAACUAUGGUAACUAACGUUCACUGUUGUAUGCAAUAAACGGGUGUACUUAUAAUAGCACAUUUUACCUACAAAGUACUAAUUAUAAAUUUAGAACUAAGUACGGCUACUUUGCCAUUUAGAAGAACUGUGUAAAAUGGGCCGCUACUUCGCCUAACUACUCACUCGAAUGACCUAUAAAGAACCUUUACGACCUA